AAUCUUCAACAGCAUCAAUUUUUGACAGUCAAUCCUUCAGGCCACAAGACAUUCAAAGAUUCAGAGUCGGUUGUCACUGAAGAAGCCGACGAUACCCCAAGUAGACUUGUAUUGAGAGGUCAAAUUUCUCCCCCGAUUUUCCUUUCGUCUGUUGUUUAUGGCCACUUGUCCCCAUUCAAUCCACGAAAUAAUUGUCAACAACCAAGAUGAUGUCACUGCAUAGGAUCUCCUUCAUUCUUCUUUUCGUGUGCGGCCUUUUCAAGUCUUCCGUAUGCCUGGUUCCUGCAAAGAGAGUCAAAGGAAGCCAGCCUCCCAUGCAAGUUUUGAACAGAGCAAGGCAGCUGAUUCAAACUCCACCGGUGGCAUUUGGUUCGACCUUAUCUACGACCGCCAUCUUUGCGUCUUCCGACACGGACGACGAUAUUGCCUCCAUGAGGGCCGGGGUAAUUAAAAAAGAGCUCGAAAGUUAUGGGAUCUCAACUGCUGCAUUGUUCGAAAAAUCCGAAUUAGUCCAGGCACUACAAAAGGCCAGGGCUGACGGUCUCAAACCGAAAGAAACGGCCAGUAGCAGCACUGAAUCGGCGGCAUCGGCGGGUUCCACGAAAAAGAAAAAGAAACGCAGGGAUGUUGUCGAUGUUGAUGACGAAGAAGACUCUAGACCACGAGAAGAAAGACUUGCAGAAGAAUUGGAAAAAUGCAAGGGCAUGAAAGUGGGCGAGCUAAAGAAGGAACUAGAAGGCAUCGGUAUUUCGACUAAGUCCUUUUUCGAAAAGACAGAUUUUGUCAAAGCCCUCGCGGAUGCCCGUGUGGACGGUGUUGGAAAGAAAGAAAAAGAGGGAUACGCCGAAUAUACAAACGUUGAGGUGCUUACAGACGAUGCUUCGGGUCCACGACCGAAGCGUUCGGAGAGUGACAGCCAACAGCAAGGCGGCGGUAGUCCCUUUGGAGGUGGUGCUAGUCCGUUCGGAGAUAUGGGCGGCAUGGGUGGCAUGGGUGGCAUGGGCGGCAUGGGAGGAAUGGGCGGCAUGGGAGGAAUGGGAGGCAUCGCCGAUAUGUUGAAAAAUAUGGGCGGCAUGGGCGGUGGAGCUGCUGGUGGGGCUAAUCCAUUUGGAGGUAUGGGCGGUAUGGGAGGCAUGGGCGACCAAAUGGGUAAAGCUCAAGAGCUGAUGAAAAACCCGAAGGUGAUGGAACUCAUGAUGAAAGCUCAAGGAAAUCCUAAAAUUAUGAGAGCAAUGCAAGAGUGUAUGUCAAAUCCAGCCGCUUUUGCAAAGUAUCAGAAUGAUCCGGAAGUAUCGGAGCUGAUCAAGGAACUCCAAAAAGUGAUGUAAUGAACAACAUGAUUGUAAAAUAAAGCUAGAAUUACACA